AUGGUCGGCCGUCUCGCAAACAAAGUAGCGCUUGUUACUGGUGCAGGAUCGGGGAUUGGCUUGGAAUCGUCCAUCCUCUUUGCGCAAGAGGGCGCUAAUGUCGUCCUGGUGGACAUCAAUCUAGAUGCGGCCGAAAAGACUGCGAAGAUUAUUGCGAGCAAAUACCCGAAUGUUAGGACUAUCGCUACGAAAGCGGACGUCGGGAAAGAGGCAGAUGUGAAAGCCGCUGUCGAUAAAGCCGUGCAAGAGUUUGGACGGUUGGAUGUUAUGUUUAAUAACGCUGGCAUAAUGCAUCCUAAGGAUGACGACGCGCUCACGACCGAGGAGCAUAUCUGGGAUCUUACCAUGCAAAUAAACCUUAAGGGCGUCUGGUGGGGGUGCAAGUAUGCGAUCCUCGCCAUGCGCAACAACCCGACAGACGAAUCGAAAGGUUUGCAUACCGGUGGAAGCAUCAUCAACACGGCAAGCUUUGUGGCUAUCCUCGGGGCAGCGACACCUCAGCUUGCAUAUACGGCGUCAAAGGGCGGCGUCCUCGCAAUGAGCAGGGAGCUCGCAGUCGUGCACGCUAGAGAAGGGAUCCGCGUUAACUCUUUGUGCCCCGGACCUCUCAAGACCCCCCUUCUCAUGGACUUCCUGGACACACCUGAGAAGAAGGAACGGCGGCUCGUGCACGUCCCAAUGGGCCGCUUCGGCGAGGCCAUAGAAAUCGCGAAGGCUGCGUUGUUCCUGGCCAGCGACGAUAGUAGCUAUGUCACGGGUGCCGAUUUUACUGUGGACGGAGGGAUAACCUCCGCAUACGUUACGCCGAUUGGAAACCCGGUGUUACCACCUCCUACCAGCCUUGCCGUUUGA